AUGGUCACACAGAGGCUGACAGAUCCUGAUAUAAAUCCUUCUACCAGCUCUGAUGAAAAUAACUAUGACAGAGAAAUUUCCAUUUACUUCUUGAAGUACAAAAAUUGCCAGAAAUUCCAGAAUUCUAUCAUGGUCCAGAGAAUACAGAAUGGAGUAAUACCAUCUAUGCCUACAGUGGCAAAAAGAGUUGAAAUCUUGGAAGAAAUGAGAAAAAUGCCCUAUUGA